AUGAUGAAACUCGUCGUAUUAGUCGCACUAGCCGCUACUGUCUUCGCCACCUGGGAUGGUCAAGUUGAAGACAUUCCUGGAGUAAGCGCGCAAAACAUGGAGAAACUCCGCGAGCUCCUCACUGUACGUUUAUUCCCACCAUAUUUACGUUUAGAAUGGUUGUACCUGACUAAAACCAUGUUUUUAGCCUCGGCCGGCUAA